ACCCGCCAUUACAUAACGCAACACGCACAGGACGCGCACAAACAAUGUGAUUUUAUUUAUUUCCUCAAAUAUUUUCUACCGUUUUCGACUAUACAUUUUUUAGGAUUAGCGACGUGAUAUUCUUAUUUUAAAUGCCGCGCGGUAUUAUUUCACUCCCGUUUUAGAUGUGUAGAUUAGGGAUGUAGAGUUUUUACUGGAAAUCAAUGCUGCAGUGAUUAUUGUGACUGAAACACAAGUGAAUUUUGGUUGCGCAACACAAUUUCACAGAAGUUUAGUAUUAAAAGUGUUUUUAGUGAAUUGAAAUAAUAAUCGUGCACAAUAAUAAGUUAAGCUAAAAUACUCAAAUAAAUAACUAAAAAAUACUCUGCUCGCAACAAAUAUUUUAAAAGGAAACCAAAAUGAAAAUUUCAUGAAAAUUUUCAUUCCCAAUUGGGAAGUUUCUGAGCACUUUUUUCUACCAUUAAUAGAUGCUAGAUGUCAAAUUAAGUUAGAGUAAUUACUACCUAAAUAUUUCUACAAAACUGCCAUCAAGAUGACCACAGAGCGAGAACGCGACUACAUCGGGUUCGCGACGUUACCAGAGCAAGUGCACCGCAAGUCCGUGAAGCGCGGGUUCGACUUCACGCUGAUGGUGGUGGGCGAGGCGGGGCUCGGCAAGUCCACGCUCAUCAACAGCCUGUUCCUCGGGGACCUGUAUAGGGGACGCAAAGUGCCUGAUGUUAAAGACAGAAUAGAAAAAACCACCACAAUAGAGAAAAAAACGAUGGAGAUCGAGGAGCGCGGCGUGAAGCUCCGUCUGACCGUGGUGGACACUCCGGGCUUCGGAGACGCCGUCAACUGUGAGGAGUCGUGGCGGGUGUGCUCCGCAUACAUCGACGAGCAGUUCCGACAGUACUUCACCGAUGAAAGCGGGCUGAACCGACGGCAUAUGCAGGAUAACAGGGUGCAUUGUUGCCUGUACUUUGUGCCGCCUUGGGGACACAGUCUCCGUCAAGUGGACAUCGAGAUGAUGCGGCGGCUGCACCGCAAGGUGAACAUCGUGGUGGUCAUCGCGAAGGCGGACUCGCUCACCGCCCACGAGGUGCGAAGGCUGAAGCAGCGGAUACUGCAGGAUCUGGAGGAGCAUCAGAUACAGGUGUACCAGUUCCCGGAGUGCGACAGCGACGAGGACGAGGAGUUCAAGCAGCAGGACCGCGAGCUGAAGGCGGCCGCGCCCUUCGCCGUGGUGGCGGCCGACACCGUGCUCGAGCUGGGAGGGAAAAGAGUGCGCGGCCGGCAGUACCCCUGGGGCAUUGUUGAUGUGGAAAACCCCCGGCACUCGGACUUCACGAAGCUCCGCACGAUGCUGAUCUCGACGCACAUGCAGGACUUGAAGGACGUGACGCAGGACGUGCACUACGAGAACUUCCGCGCGCAGUGCAUCUCGCAGAUCUCGCAGCACGCCAUGCGCGAGCGCGGGAAGCUGAAACGGGACUCGAUGGGCAACAACGGCGAGGUUGCCUUCGGCGACACCGACCGACUACUGCUACAGAAAGACGAAGAGAUCCGGCGCAUGCAAGAAAUGUUAACACAGAUGCAAGAGAAAUUAAAAGCGUCAGAUAAAAAACACGACAGUAUUAUAGACGUAUAGGAUUCGUUGUAGACUGCGUUACGUAGUUUAGAAUCUACUCACUAGUCGUUAAGUAGUGACAAUGUAAACCUCUUUAGAAAAGUGGGAAGAAUUUAAUGUUUGGAUGCAUAUUGCGUUCAUUCUAAUUCUAAUUAUAGAUUCAACAAGUUCUCUAAACAUAAUAAAUUUUAAUAUAAGUCAUUUUAUGUAAGUAUAUUAUUUAGUUUAAAUUAAGUCAUACAUAUUCCGCUAUUAAAAUCUUUUUUAUAAAAAUAAUUUACUGUUGUACAUUAAAUAAUAGAUCACAUUAAAUUUAUAAAUUAGGUAAGCAUAUUAUAAUUACAACUUACUGUAAGUAGUGCAGGUGGGUUAUUCCGACCUGCACCUUACCUACGAAAGAUGCACUAAAACUUACUACUUAGUUAAUUCAUAUUUUUUAUUUACUAUAUUUACUAUAAUAUGUAUUUACAAACAACUAUAUUUACAUUAACUAUUUUGAGAAAAGUACCUACCACUUUAAUGAUUCCGCCACUGCACUGGUAGGGAAAUAAUUCUGUCCUCCAAAUGAACUCAAAACAAACCAAAUUAUGUAUUAUAAGGCAAUGCAUUAUGUUCAAUACAUCUGCGUUUUAUAACAGUAUUACAAAUAAAAUUCAUACUUUAUUGUAAGAAAA